CGUCAAACCCACUUCAUCAGACAUAAUUUAACUCUAUGUAUUAGUGAUUUUGUCAAUUAUUUAUUGUGAACAGCUGUCCAUUUUCUUUAUUCAAUAGAUUAUUUGCAAUGUGUUUACUUAUCUAGGAAAGCAAAUGUAAGCUUUAAUUAAAUAAGACCAUUCGAAGUCGAAAACAAUCGAAACGAUUUUCUUAUACUUAGAUCAAGUUUUGUUAUCCACAAUGUCGAUUCCUCCGUUGGUUUGCAAUACACCUCCUCCUCCAGAUCAGUGCGAAGACGACAAAGACGAAGAUUUUGAUUUACAGUAUAGGCUGUCACAAGAAGAUGAUGAAGAUAAUGAUUCUUAUGGUUAUGGAAAUUAUUCUACAUAUAGUGAUUACUGCCAACAACCAAAUGUUAACCAUAAUAUAACAACUUUUAAAUCAGAGCCUGAAAAUUGUUCUAUGAAUGCUGAAGAAAAGAAAAUCUGCAGUGAAACUUCUGAUGCUGUAGAAUUUUCAUUAAAUGAAAAUGAAACAAUUAAAAAUGAAGAUAUUGCUGUUGAAGAUUUGAAUUUGAAAAUAGAACAAGAAAAUAUUAUUUCAAAUCUUCUUGCUACACACACCCUUAAUAAUGCUGUUGACCCUGAUACUUAUGGAAUUUCAUGUAUCGUUGAUCAUUUAGAUUCUCCUGAUAAAAAUAAUGUUGUUUCAAAUGAAAAUGAGGAAGAUGAAAGUAGUGAUGAGAAAAGUAUAUCAGAAACAAAUAUUACUCCUUUUGAUACUUGUGAUAUCCAAGAAAGUUCAGAAAACACUGUAAAAAUUGGAGAAAAUAAAGUAGAAAAUCAAAAAUCAAAUGAUAUAGAUAUUGAGCAACACUUACAAAGAGAUACCAUUCAAUCUGAAGAAGUAGAAUCUGAAAUAAAAACUAUAGUUACAGAUGAGUUUGAUGAAUUUGAAGAAUUUAAAUUUACAGAAACUGCAAUAAGUAAUGCUGAAGUUACAGCAAAUUUUGAAAAUCCCUGGGAUGGGAACAAUGAUACUGAAGAGUUUAGUUUUGGUGAUUUUAAAGCAAAUUUUGAGAACAACACUGAUAAUAUUCAACCAUUUAAAGAGCAAAUUAAUAAUACUGAAGAUGCCAUUGUAAAUAAGACUGCAACAGAUAAUGCAAAUGUGGAUUUGGAUGAUGAUUUUGGAGAUUUUGAUGAUUUUAAAUCAUCAGUCAAGCAGGAAUUAGAAGACAAUCCUGCAAUUGACACAGAAUUAGCACAUCAUGUUACUGUUUUAAAUUUUCAGUCUCCAGAUAAUGAGGCACAAAUAAUUGAAAGCAUAAAUAACAUUAUAUUUAAUAUAUUUACUGAAGAUUUGCCUGAUUGUCAAUCAGAAAUAGAUAAAACUCUUGACUCAAUGUUAACUGAAACAUGGCAUCAUUUAAAAGAAGUAGAUGAGAGACAACCAUACAUGGUUCAUUGGAAUAAUUCAUUAGGUCAAAAAAGCCUAUUAAAAGCUCUGUGCAUUGACUCAAGAAAUAUUUUAUUUGGUCCAAAAUGGAACUAUUUCACACCAAAAUAUGCAACAAGUUUAAGUAUUGCACCACUUCAACCUCAGAAACCAGCAGCUGUUCCUAACACAGGUGCCUCAGAAGUGGUCAACAGUGAUAAAGUAACGCCUAAAGAUACUUCUUGGACCGAUCCUUUCAAUUCAGAGGGGCAAGACUACACAUAUGCUGAAGCUCUUCUCCUAGAUUUAGAACAUCUCAUGGCAACACUAGACCAAAUGGCUCACAAACAUUCCACACUUAAAAUAUCAGAGCUACUUUCAACGGGUAAGUAAUUUAUAUGUAGGUAUAUAUUAACUGUAAUGUACCAACAUAAUUUGUGUAACUCAAUUUGUAAAGUGUAUUUUUAUGUCAUUUGUAUUUGUUCUUGGUUCAAAUAUACUUUAUUUUAUUUUUUGCUAGCUGCGAUCCGCGAUUUCCCCCGCGUAAGUCCGUAUC